CAUUCACGGAUGUGGAAUUCCCGGAAGAGGAGUUUAUAUUUCCAGAUGAGGAUCCAGACUUUUGCAUUGAGGCUGUUGUAUGUCCUCUGUAAAAGAAUUACUAGUAUUGAGAAUCCAAGUUCCAUGGUGCAGGCUGUUACACAUUCACUUGGGCGCUCACUUGGCCUUUCUUGGAAAAAAUAUCAACAAAAAGAAGAAUAUCAAAAUAAUCGAGCAUCAGCUACUCGUUUUGCAUCUCGAAUAGAAAGCAAUAUUGGAGGAGCUCCAAAUAGGCGUUUCCUGGAAGAACUUCGGAAAUUUGGUAUUCGGGAAGAGAAACGAAAUGGGUCUGGGUUUGCAAGAUUUCGCUUAUCGGAUGCAAUUCUAAAUGGCAAAAUACACAGCUAUAUACUUGAGAAAAUGCUUCCUGUUCAGAAUCUUUUACCUAUUUAUGGAAGUAUUAGUGCUCAAAUUUUUGUUCAGCCAAUUUCUCUAAUUACUCCAUUGGCACAGGGAUAUCUAGAUAUUUUUAUUCCAGAUGAAGGUAUUUUGCAUCAGCAAAUAUAUUGCGAACUUCGAGGAGGACAGCUGUGUUGCUGGGAGAAUAAUAAAGUGGAAAAUGCAAUUUUGGGUCCAAACCUGCAAUUUAGCAAGACGGCACCAACAUUUAGUUUUCAGUUUAAUGGGAAAGAAAGGCUCGAAAGAACAUCAUUUCCAACCGCAUUUCGCCUAAUCUUGUUUAAAGAGCAUAUUGGUGUGUCAGACAAGGAUGAGAAUCAGUGCCUUUUGUGCAUUUGUCCAUCACAACAUGCUUUGAUUGGAUGGCGGAAUGCAUUAAAUUUACAAAGCCUCGACUACAGCGUAUGGGCAGAGUUUGGACAAAUCCAGCAUAAUUCCUUGGCAUGUAAACCUCGGACAAACUUCCCCUCAAAAAUACAAAAUAUGAAAAAGGAUUUAAAAGAACAGAAGACUGCUUUCUCAAAAAGGACGUUAUCGCUAAUAAGUAAUGAUCGACAGAAGAUUGAUGAAGUGGCAAGAAAUAAUAUUCGGUCAACAAAUCAACUAUCAACGGCAUGCAGGAUCAGUCUACUACAACUAACAAAAAAUUAUAAAUUUGGGUCAGAAAAUGUGGUAUCAGAGAAACCUCAUCAAAAUGAUUCAAUUAAAAGUAGAAAUAAACAAACACAAAAUUAUGUACUUUCAUUAAACAUUAGAGGAGAAUGCAUAAACAAAGAUGAUAAAAACAUCCAAAUUCAAUCGCAAGAACAAAAAGACGGCAACCAUCAAAUAUAUAACAGAAAUAUAAAUGAAAUCAUUAAUAACAAUGAAAACAAUCAGAAGAAGCCUAAUUUUGAUUAUAAUCAAUUAAUUAAUAUUAAAAGGCAACCAAAAAAUUCAAAAUUGGAACGAUCUGGUACAUGGCAUUACGCGAAUAAUGGUGGUCAAUCAUGUACUCGAUUAUAA